GCAACAGCACAGCCAGCGCAGUGAGCAAUGACAAGCUCGGAGUCAGAUCAGAGUGUUCACGUGCUCCUAGUCUCGUACCCGACCCAGGGCCACAUCAACCCGCUGCUUCAGUUCGGGAAGCGGCUCGCUGCCCGCAGCGGCGUCCGAAGCACUCUGGCCGUGACCCGCUACGUCCUCGGCUCAGGCAAGCAGCCGCAGCCCGGCGCGGUCCACGUCGUCGCCUUCUCCGACGGCUGCGACCGCCGUGGCUACGACGAGGUAGGCGACGAGCGUGGCUACCUGGCGCGCCUUGAGUCGGCCGGUUCCGAGUCCCUUGGUGAGCUCCUCCGUGCCGAGACGGCGAGGGGCCGGCCCGUGCGCGCCGUGGUGUACGACACGCUCCUGGUGUGGGUGCCGCGCGUGGCGCGGCGGCACGGCGUAGCCUGCGCGGCAUUCUUCACCCAUCCAUGCGCGGUGACUUUGGCGUACGCGCACGCAUGGGCGAGGCAGCUGACCCUGCCGGUGAGGGAUGCUCCGCCGGAGCUCCCUGGAGUGCCGGUGACGCUCGGAUUGGCAGAUCUCCCGAAGGACCUGAGCGACCCGGACAGCCACAUAGUCUACCGCGACCUGAUGCUGAAGCAGUGCCAGGCGCUCGAGUUGGCAGAUCACGUUCUCAUCAACUCCUUCCACGAGCUGCAGGCCGAGGAAGCGGAGUACAUGGCGGUAACGUGGGGUGCCAUGACGGUUGGCCCAACCGUGCCGUCGGCAUACCUCGAUAACCGCCUCGCCAACGACAUAAGCUAUGGCUUCCACCUGCACACCCCGAUGACGGCUGAAUGCAAGGCUUGGCUCGACGAGAGGCAUGUGCAGUCCGUCGUAUAUGUCUCCUUUGGCAGCCUUGUCAUCCUAUGCUCGGAUCAGAUGGCUGAGGUGGCCGAGGGGCUCUACAACAGUGGCAAGGCCUUCUUGUGGGUUGUCAGGGCCUCCGAAACUUCAAAGGUGCCUAUAUGCUUCACCGAGAGGGUGAAGGAAAGAGGCCUUAUAGUGACAUGGAGCCCGCAGUUGGAUGUGCUGGAGCACCAAGCCAUUGGGUGUUUCGUGACACACUGCGGAUGGAACUCAACUAUGGAGGGGCUAGGUGCUGGUGUACCGAUGGUGGCGAUGCCACAGUGGGCAGACCAGCCAAUGAAUGCCAAGUACAUUGAGGACGUGUGGCGAGUCGGUGUGAGGGUGCGACCCGAUGCGGAAGGAAUUGUUCGGAAGCUGAAGCUGGAGAGGUGCGUGACAGAGGUGAUGGAAGGAGAGAAGAGCAAACAGUUUAGGUCGAAUGCUCAGAGCUGGAGCCAGAAAGCAAAGAAGGCCAUGGCUGAAAGGGGCAGCUCGGAUAGUAACAUGCUGGAGUUCCUUUCCAAACUUCGAACGAACUGAUUUGCAAAAGUGGUGUGAAGGCCGGAAAAGUCUCAUCGAGCUACUUUUGCUUUUUCGCAUGCAGCCUGCCUGCCAGAAGCGGUCGUCGUACUGGUCCUCGAACUGCUCACACCGGUCUACACAAGAGCCACGUGAGUAGAUUUAGUACAUCUGUGCGUCCUAGCGCGUGUGAUAUGGAGCAGAAUUUGUGUCAACACUUACUAUCUAGUAUCUACACUAGAUUAUAUUUAUUGUGUAAUAAAGCAUGCAUGCAUGUACAAUGUUCAUCA